AUGGGCGGGGCUUGGAACCGGGAACUGGAGUUUCUAUUGGAAAAUGCUAAAGCCGGCGGCGAAGUGACUGUACAACUCUCUUCUAAUUGCUUCGGGGAGGAGUCCGAAAGGAAGAGUGUUCGGCCGGCUCGUUCGCUGUCUUCCCAUUGGCUGAAGCAGGAGCAGGCGAGAGUCCGGGCGGGGCGGGGGACCCCGUCACCCGACAGCGAGGUUACUGUCGGUCGCUUGCACGCUGGGGUUACUGUGUGUUGUGGUGACACCGAACCCCAAAGUAAUCCCUCAGUACCAAAGCAGGUGCCUGUGUUUAUUAGACAAAUACAACCAGGCCUAACCUCUUUAGCUCCAAAGUCCAGAGGUGCAGAGAGCCAGGACCAAGAGACGUGCUUCUCACCAGCGUUGGACAAAUCGCCAGAAAUGUGGUGCAUUGUCCUGUUUUCGCUUUUGGCAUGGGUUUAUGCUGAGCCUACCAUGUAUGGGGAGAUCCUGUCCCCUAACUAUCCUCAGGCAUAUCCCAAUGAGAUAGAAAAAUCUUGGGAUAUAGAAGUUCCACAAGGGUAUGGAAUCCACCUCUACUUCACCCAUCUGGAUAUAGAACUCUCAGAGAACUGCGCUUAUGACUCAGUGCAGAUAAUGUCAGGAGACCAUGAAGAAGGGAUACUCUGUGGACAGAGGACCAACAAGAAUCACAACUCUCCAAUUGUGGAAGAAUUCCAAGUUCCAUACAAUAAACUACAGGUGAUCUUUAAAUCAGACUUCUCCAAUGAAGAGCGUUUCACUGGAUUUGCUGCAUACUAUGUUGCCGUAGAUAUAAAUGAGUGCACAGAUUUUGCAGAUGUCCCAUGUAGCCACUUCUGCAACAACUUCAUUGGUGGUUACUUCUGCUCCUGCCCUCCAGAAUACUUCCUCCAUGAUGAUAUGAAAAGUUGUGGGGUCAAUUGCAGUGGAGAGAUAUUCACUACACCGAUUGGGGAGAUUGCAAGUCCCAAUUAUCCCAAUCCAUAUCCAGAGAACUCAAGGUGUGAAUACCAGGUCUUAUUGGAGGAGGGCUUCCAAGUGGUAGUGACGGUGCGGAGAGAAGAUUUUGAUGUGGAACCAGCGGAUUCAAAAGGGAACUGCCAUGACAGCUUAGUUUUCGUUGCAGGAGAGCGGCAAUUUGGUCCUUACUGUGGGAGUGGAUUUCCUGGGCCACUAAAUAUUGAAACCAAGAGUAAUGCUCUUGAUAUCAUCUUCCAAACUGAUCAAGAUGAGCAAAAAAAGGGCUGGAGACUUCGUUACCAUGGAGAUCCAAUCCCCUGUCCUAAAGAAUUCAUUGCCAAUUCUGUUCGGGAGCCUGAGAAGGCAAAAUACGUGUUUAAAGAUGUGGUGAAGAUAAUCUGUCUGGAUGGGUUUGAAGUUGUGGAGAGAAAUAUUGGCUCAAAUUCUUUCUAUUCUACUUGUCAAAGCAAUGGAAAGUGGAGUAAUCGUGAACUGAAAUGUCAACCUGUGGAUUGUGGUGAUCCUGAACCCAUCCCAAAUGGUCAAGCCAAAGAUCCCGGAGAUACUCUAUUUGGUUCUGUCACUCGCUAUACUUGUGAGGAGCCAUAUUACUACAUGGAAAAUGAAGGAAAUGGGGAAUAUCGUUGUGCUAGUAAUGGAAGCUGGGUGAAUGAGGUGCUGGGCACAGAGCUGCCGAAAUGUGUUCCAGUCUGCGGAGUCCCCAGUGAGACCUUUAAAGGAAAACAGCGAAUAUUUGGAGGAUCCCCUGCAGAUAUUCAGAAUUUCCCCUGGCAAGUUUUCUUUCCGAGUCCAUGGGCUGGUGGGGCUCUCAUUGAUGAAUACUGGGUGCUGACAGCGGCCCAUGUUGUGGAGGGAAACCCGAGCCCAAAAAUGUAUGUUGGCUCCACAUCAGUGCAAACCUCACUUCUGGAAAAUGCUCAGAUGCUCACUGCUGAACGUGUGAUUAUUCAUCCUGGUUGGGAAGUCCUGGAUGCUCCAGAAACACGUAAGAAUUUCGACCAUGACAUUGCGCUAGUGAAGUUGAAAGACCCAGUGAAAAUGGGACCCACUGUCUCCACCAUCUGUCUGCCAGGCACUACCCCAGAAUACAGCACCUCAGUAGGAGACCUGGGACUGAUCUCAGGCUGGGGCCAAACAGAGAAAAGAGAUCAUGUUAUCCGUCUCCGAGGGGCAUGGCUACCCGUAGCUUCCUUAGAAAAUUGCAACAAGUUAAAACAGAAAGAUUCCAACAGGGAUCUGAGGACCUUUGUUAUCACUAAAAACAUGAUCUGUGCUGGAGGCGAGAAGGGAGUCGAUAGCUGUGCAGGGGACAGUGGUGGGGCCUUUGUUAUACAGGAUCCCAAUGUAGAGAACCCCAGGUUCUAUGUAGCUGGCCUGGUGUCCUGGGGUCCUCCGCAGUGUGGGAUUUAUGGGUUCUACACAAAGGUGAACAACUACCUGGACUGGAUAAUGAAGACAAUGCAGGAAAAUAGUACUCCCAGUACGGAUUAA